AAAAGGAAAAAAAAUCUCCUUGUAAAUUAAAAGGCGGCCAAGUUGGUGCUUACAAAGACAGAGGAACGGAAACUAAGUAAAGUUGCGGCAGGAGACGGGGAGACGUUUCAUUAGUACAUGUGCUAAGGUGGCGAAUCGGCAGGGCACCGGCGAGUUUGGUGAAGUCCCACCACCAAUAGGCGGCGGAGAAAGCGGCGAUGAUGAGGAGCAGGAACAUAGCCACAUCCACGUCAGAGCACAACCUGAUCAAGGGCCGGCUCAUUCGCGUGAACCUAUGAUGGAUUGGCCAGUAGUGCAACCACAGCUUGCUGAGGUACCGCCCAGCUCUCCCCCGGCCAUGUUCUCGUCGUUCUGCAGGCCAGGGGAGAUGUCCGCUAUCGUGACAGCUCUGACGCAGGUUGUCUCGGGGCAGAGAGCAGGAAGCCAGGGGACGCUUCCUCAUCCAACUCCUUCUUCUUGUUUACCACUCUCCUUGCCCAGUUAUUCUCCCGCUCCGUGGGUCGGACAGAAGAGACCGCGCGGGGAGGGCAGUUCAUCCGGGGUUUCCGAGUUUGCUUCUCUAAGGGGUCAUGGAAUGUAUGGUGAUCUCAUAGCUCGGUCACAAUCAGCAGAGCCAUCAUCCUUUCCAACCGGUAUGGAGCAUAUGCCGUUUGUGGCGCCAGCAACUGCCACCCCACCAACUGCAUCCGGCCACCCAGCAUCAUCCCAUGAUGAGGCUGGCGUUGUUGGAGCAGAGCGGCGGAGGAGAUACAGGGGUGUGAGGCAAAGGCCGUGGGGCAAAUGGGCGGCAGAGAUCCGGGACCCUCACAAAGCUGCCCGAGUAUGGCUGGGCACAUUCGAUACAGCCGAGGCAGCUGCCCGGGCUUACGAUGAGGCUGCCCUCCGGUUCCGAGGCAACCGGGCCAAGCUGAACUUCCCAGAGAAUGUCAGGAUGCUCCCCCAAGGCGUCCAGACCUACACCUCUGGGCCUGCCCUGGCAGUCUCAAAUGCUCCUGUGGCGGCUCACCAGGUGGUGCCACCAGCUCCACCUGAGCAGCCUCCAGGACUAGGAGGCCUUCGACCACCAACAGGUCCGGUACCUGACAUAGCUAGAGACUAUUGGCUGCAGGAUCCGUAUAGCCAGCUGAUUUCGGGCCAAAACACGGUUGGUUUGUUGGAGCAUAUGAUGCUCCCUCAAUCGCAAAUGGGUUCAUUACAAUCUUCAAUCAAUACCAGCUCAUUUUUAUCAUCGAGUUCAGCUCCUUCUUCGGCAUCGGUUUCAAUUCCUCUGAUAUUCUCAGAGCAGCAAUUGGCUUACCCACGGCCGCCACCAAGAGAUAGCCAUCAGGGAGGUGGCAGGGCGGAUGUCGCGGCCCCGCCAUGGUCAGCUGGCUCCUCUAGUCAACAUCCACCGUCCACAGGUUGAUUGGGUCCAUGAAGUUAUUAUUUUGUUCUGAUUUUUGUUUUUUAUUUUUGGGUGGAAUAGCCAUAGCUAAAAUUAGACAUACAUUUGUUGUAUUUUUGUAAGGUCAUUACCCUCUUAAUUUCUCUGUAAUGUGUAAGCAAAUUUCUAUUUGCCUUUUCUUUUUCUUUUCAUACGUACGUGAAAAAUGGGAAAACAGGAGACAUGUUCAUUUUAUGGCCGUAUUGUUUUCGGGAAAGGAGUCCCGUUGAAACAUUUUAUUUUUUAAUGUUCCCAUGAUAUUGAGAAA